GCCUAAAGAAUUUGUUUGGGCUCCACAUCCAUGGGCCAGGGGGCCUAUUGUUCCACUGUUUCUCCUUUACCGGUUAAGACCAGCAAAACAGGGGCGCUCUAUUUCCACUUUCCUGUUUAGUCUUCCUCCCUCUCUCUCUCUCUCUGUCGGUCUUUACUCUUUACUCGGAAGUCAGAAGAUUCCAUUUUAGAGUCCAUCCUCCAGUAACCAGCUCAAACCUCAAAGUGUCGGCAGACCGAAGAAAAUCCGACUCAAAAUGGCGCCACCACAGUCCUUUUCACUCCCACUUCUCCUCUUUGGCAGAAUAUUAGCUCUCACAGUUUCAGCUUUACUCCUCUACUGGGCUUUUGUUGUCUACUCUCGCCACUCCUUUGAACACUCCCUCAUUUAUGCAGCUCGGCAUCCGCUGCUGAUGGUGAUUGGUUUCAUCCUUGUUAGUGGAGAAGCAAUUUUGGUACACAGAUGGCUGCCCUGCUCUAGGAACGGAAAGAAAUUGGCGCAUUUGGGCCUCCAAGGAGUGGCUUUGAGCUGUGGGGUAUUUGGGGUUUGGACAAUCUUCCAUGUCCGAAAGGGUAUCAUGGGCAACUUCUUGAGCUUGCAUUCUUGGUUGGGAUUGAUUUGCAUUUCCUUGUUUGCUGCUCAGUGGUUGAUGGGGUUCCUGAGCUUUUGGUAUAGAGGCGAGAUGCGAACGGUGCGGGCGAGUAGAUUGCCAUGGCACAUCUUCCUUGGUCUCUACACCUACACCCUUGCAGUUGCAACGGCAGAAACAGGGUUGAUGGAGAAGCUCACUUUCAGGGAAAUGAGAAGGCUUAGUGACAGUACUGCCUCCAAACGCUCUCCAGAAACAAUGGUUGCUAAUGGAUUAGGGUUGGGGUUGGCUUUGCUCGCUGGAGUUGUAAUACUGGCCGCAAUUUCUCCAAAGCACCAAACUACCCUUCAACGUAAAAGUGUGUACUCUGAGUCAAACUCCAAGUGCUAAUUCAUCUUCUUUGGAAACCAACAAGUUGAGUGUACAGUUUGCAGUGUAACUUUCUAUUUGUUUACUGUUGUAUUAGAAUCCAUGUCUGUGGAUAGUCAGAAUUAAGCAUUUUUUCUUUUUAAGAUCGUUUAAUUAGGCCUUUUGGCUUUUGUUAUCAUAAUUAAGUAAUGAAUACAAGAAAUUAAG